GUCUAAAGGAGGAGGCCCCGAAGUGGCGAGGCUGAGGCCAUGGAUGUCACCCAGCCCAAGCAGGAGCAUCUCCUGGCCUUGAAAGGUCCUGUAUUCUUCUGUUAUCAUUUUAAGUGAUAACGUCGUGUCGCUGGCAAAACUCCCUGAAACGUUCAUGAUUCGAAUAUGUACAAGCAUGGAUGUGGUUCUACACUAUCGACCAUGGCAAAGGGACCCAGCACUAUUGCAAAAAAUUGCAGAAGAGGCACUGAAAGAAUUUCCCAUCCGGCAGCUGCCAAGCUUCAUACCCUGGUUUCCAAAUGACCGGUGCAACCUCCCCCUCAAGCCUAAGACAAAAGCUCCAGUUAUCUCGGUUGAAGAAGCAGAACAACUGAAACAGCAUCACGCAUCACUAGGAACUGUUUGUGGCUCCCCAUAUUAUGACUGUACAGAAGGGCUUAAGGAAUUUCAUCCUGAUACGAAAGCUGUACAGUGUUUACAAACUGAACAAGGAAAAAAUGAAUCGAGCACUUUGGGAAAGCAAUCGACAAGUGGCAAACAGACCUUCAGGAGAUCUUGGAGUGUGUCUGCUGCAAACUCUGAGCAUAAAGAUAAGAUUUUUCCUUUAUCCAGAGAGCUGCAGAAAACUUUACAAAAACUAAAGCUGCAUGUAUUCUAUCGAGCACAGUGGAUAAUUGAACCCUCCACUUUAAACAAUCAGACACUUGAAGAUGUUUGGACAAAGCUUAUCAGGAUGAUCAGACACAAUGAACUGCCAUCUUGCAAUGCUACAGUACAGAGAUCUAAGAGCCAGAUUUUGAUUUUCUGUGACAUACUCUACUGUGAAUACAUUGCCAGUAACCUUAGAGAAAAACUAAAUCUUGAAGGAAAAAUGAAUUUGUUUGUUCACAAAUAUGGAAUAAUACAUAGUUUGGAAUUAUAGACAACAGUAUGUUUUCUGUGCAAGGUCUUAAAACCACCUAAUUGCAGUUGACCUUCAUCUUUCAUGGGGGUUGAGAGCACCAGUUCCCAGCAGAAAUUGACUGCAGAUACAGAUAAAAUUGUGCAUGCUAUUUUUUAAAAAAAAAACCUGAGAGAACACUUCUCUAGGCAUUUCCAAUGGAAGUGAAACAUAGAAAAAUGCUGAGAUCCUAGAUAUCCCGAGAGAAGUGUUCUGUCAGGUAAAAAGAAAUGGCAUUUGUGAUUUUUAUUUAUGUAUAUAGUAAUACACUAAUAAACAAAUCCAUGAAUGUUUAUCCCACAAAUGUGAAGAAAUAGCUUACUGUAAGCAUCUAUCAUUCUGUAUCACCAAAAACAUCAAAAUUUUAUGUUAUUGACUAUUAGGAAGGUCCCUUAGAGCAUUUUUGCUCACAUGGAGAGAUGUCUGUUAUUUAGCUGUGCCUAUGAACUAAGCUGUAUAACCUGUUCAGAAGAUUUUUUUAAUGUAUGAAUUUCAUGAAAAUUGGAGACAUUUUCUCAAAUAAAUUGAUCUCUACAAGA